GCUAUUGGAGGUGCUAUUUCAAAAGUUCUGUCAGGCACAUCUUAAAGGUUUUCAUUGUCGAGAAUGUUCAAAAUCUUCCAACUCAACAUGUUCUGAAACGGUGGACCAAGGAUGCUAAAUUUGUACCAGUGGUGUAUGACCAAGGUGAAGAAAUUACAGCUGAUUGUCGGGAUACGAUUACAGUUAGAUAUAGUAAACUUUGUCAAGAUACGAUUAAUAUUGCAGUUAAAGGUUCAACAUCAACUAUGGUUUAUAAUGUGGCAGUACAAGUUUUAUAGAAAGCUUUACAGGGAGGAAGCUAUAAAAUCCUCUCAAGUGAGUCAAGAUGGGCAACCUGAUGUUACACAUUUUGAGGAUAUUACAAGACAAGCAAAAAUUGUAGAAAACCAGCCAAAUUUGCGAAGAUCAUUGAAAGAACCUCCAAUUGUAAAGCUUAAUGGCAAACCUGGUAGAAGGAAGUCAUGGAUUGAUAAGCUCAAUAGGGAGCGGAAGAACAAGGAAACAAGGAAAAAACCAACAUCAAAAGAUUCACCAAGGUUGCCAGUUUCAACAUCAGUUGAAAUGGACAAUGCCGACUCUAAAGACAAACAACAGAAGAAAACGAAAAAAAGCAGUUGCAUUAGAUAAUGCCAACUCUCAAGAUAAGCAACAACAAAAAAAAAAAAGAUCAUCAAACAUGGCCAGUUUCACAGAAAUCAGUAGUCAUCAUCCUGAAUUUUUAAGUUCCAUAAGUAAAAGUGCUGACAUGUGACACCAACCAGGUGAUGGUGGUGCUGCUUCGUGAUCAAGUAAGCUGCAGUUGGUGUUCACUCUGGUUGUCAAUGAUGUUGGUGGAUUGUGGCUUUGAUGGUGGUAUUAAUUA